GAGGGAGCCCCACAAGGCCAACCCCAUAAGGCCUGAGUCCCUCACGCCCCGCCCCUUCCCGCACACUGGAGUCUGAAGUGGGCGUGGCUAGGCUGGCUUUAGGUCCCCAGAGUGUCUUGUGGACCGCUAGCACCCCUGUAAGCUACCGGCGAGGGCGCGGUGGCAAGUUGUGAGCUGGCAGCCUCUACCGGGCGCUGAAGGGGCGAUGGGCCGCUCGAGUCGGCUGCUGCUGUGGCUAGGAGCUGCGGGGAUCAUUCUCUGCUCCAACUCGGGGGCACAAGUGCCUUUUCCUCCAUCCUCUCCCCCUCUGCUGCCAGCUCCCAGCCUCUGGAACCCAAAAAUUACCGCCCUGCCUAGCAGACUGGAGCCAGGGUACCUCUCAAAUCCUCUAGGCACUGCGGGGCCUUGGGUGUUCUCUACCUGCGGGGCCAGCGGCCGGCGGGGGCCCACACAAGCUCAGUGCGACAGGGCAUACGCGGGAAGCAGCGUGGUGGUGUCGGUGGAGGACUCCGGGCCGCUCCGAGGCGUGCAGUUGUGGCGGGCGCCAAGCCCAGGGCAUUAUCUGAUCUCAGCCUAUGGAGCGGCGGGCGGCAAAGGUGCGCAGAGCCACCUGCCGCGGGCGCACGGUGUCUUCGUGUCAGCGGUCUUUUCCUUCAGUCGUGGGGAGCCGCUGUUCAUCCUGGUGGGACAGCAGGGGGCGGACGCCUGCCCCGGGGGGAGCCCGGAAAGCCAGCUUGUGUGCCUUGGAGAGUCAGGGCUAGACGAAGAGCACGCUGAGACGGAGGCGACCGAGAGCGGCCGGGGGUCCCGGCGCUGGGCGGGCGGGGGCGGCGGCGGAGGGGGCGCCACCUACGUCUUCCGGCAGCGCGCGGGCGAGCUGGAGCCCCUGCUGGUGGCGGCCGGAGGUGGCGGUCGCGCCUAUCUGAAGCGGCAGGUCAGCGGCCGCACCCAGGCCAACCCUGAGAGACUGGAGAACCGAACGGAGGCGCCCGGGAGCGGCGGCAGAGGCGGGGCUGCAGGUGGCGGAGGCGGCUGGACAUCGCGGGCCACCUCUCCGCAGGCCGGCCGCUCGCUGCACGAGGGAGCCGAGGGUGGCCAGGGCUGCGCAGAGGCCUGGGCCACGCUCAGCUGGGCCGCGGCUGGAGGCUUUGGGGGAGGCGGCGGGGCCUGCACUGCAGGCGGCGGAGGCGGCGGCUACCGGGGGGGUGAUGCCUCAUCAAUUGACGUCCUCUGGGCUGAUGGGGAAGAUGGGGUGUCCUUUGUACACCCUAGCAGCGAGCUCUAUCUGCAGCCUCUGGCAGUCAUGGAGAGCCACGGAGAAGUAGAGAUCCGAAGACAUCCCAGUUGCAGUCAUUGCCCUUUGAAAGACUGCCAGUGGCAGGCAGAGCUCCAGCUGGCUGCAUGUGUGUGUCCAGAGGGAAUGAAGCUAGCUGAGGAUAACAUCACUUGCACUGACCUGCCCAGGUCCCCAAGCCCUGUGAUUCUGAUGGUGGUUGUGACGGCGACCUUGACACUGAGCCUGCUCAUGGUCUGUGGGGCCCUCAUCCUAGUGAGCCAGAAGAAGUGUCAGGACCUGUGGAGGACCAGGCUGCCGGAUGCUGAGCUUGAGCUGAGCAAGCUUCGAACCUGUUCCCUAAGGACAGCCCCCAAUUCAUAUUACUGCCAGGUGGGGCUUGGCCCAGCCCAGUCCUGGCCUUUUGGGCUCCCUGAGGUUUCCCCAACCAAUGUCACUCUACUCAGUGCACUGGGCUGUGGUGCCUUUGGGGAAGUGUACCAGGGACUGGUAACUGGCCUUCCUGGGCAACCCAGCCCCCUGCAGGUGGCUGUCAAGGCUCUACGGAAGCUCUGUUCUCCUCGGGAGGAGCUGGACUUCCUCAUGGAGGUGCAUAUCAUCAGCAAGCUCAGCCACCAGAACAUCGUGCGCUGCGUGGGGCUCAGCUUCCAGGCUGUGCCUCGCCUCAUUCUUCUGGAGCUGAUGUCUGGAGGGGACAUGAAGACUUUCUUGAUGGAGAGCCGGCCUAAUUUGGGUAAACCAUCACCUCUGGCCAUGCAAGACCUGCUACAGCUGGCCCAGGACAUAGCUCAGGGCUGCCACUACCUGGAGGAGAACCACUUCAUUCACAGGGACAUUGCUGCCCGGAACUGCCUGCUGAGUUGCACUGGGCCAGGCCGAGUAGCCAAGAUUGGGGACUUUGGGAUGGCCAGGAAUAUCUACCGGUGUGGUGCUUGGGAAUGUGGGAAAGCUGGGCUUUUGGGGGUUUCCCAGCUCUUUCAUGGUAUUAAGACAGCUGGUUGUUUUCCUCCUCCCUCCUUCAGGGAUAGUUACUAUCGCAGGGGUGGCCCGGCCUUUCUCCCAGUCAAGUGGAUGCCCCCCGAAGCCCUUUUGGAGGGCAUCUUCACAUCCAAGACAGACUCCUGGUCUUUUGGGGUGCUGCUCUGGGAGAUCUUCUCACUGGGGUACAUGCCCUACCCUGGGCGCACCAACCUGGAGGUGCUGGACUUCGUCAUUGCAGGGAGUCGGAUGGACGCUCCUCAGGGCUGUCCAGAGCCUGUGUACCGCAUCAUGACCCAGUGUUGGCAGCAUCGACCUGAGCUCCGCCCCACCUUUGCCAGCAUCUUGCAGCACCUCCAGGACUGCACUCAGGACCCUGAGGUGCUGAAUUCACCCCUAUUGCUAACUGUGCGGCCCACUCUGGAAGAGGAAGGGGCUUCUGAGCUGGGGAACAGAUCUUUAGAAGGUCCCAGGUCUCUACAACCCCAGGACCAGAGUCCAAAGACCCUGAAAAACUGGGAAGAAGGCCAUCUUGGCUGCUGGCUCUCCUCUGGCCUCGAGCCCCUCAAACCUAGAGGCUUCCAACCUCAGAACCUUUGGAAUCCCACCUAUGGCUCUUAGAGCCCCAGAGGGUGAACACUCUGCACUGAUCUUCGCAAAGACUCCUCCUGCACUACUUCCUGGGCUUCCCCGUAGCCUCUUUCCACUGCAGCCUUGAGGCAUGUCUAGGCCUGUCUCAGGGUCAUCCUGGCCACACUGAACUUUUCAUGCUGGAAACAGCUCUAGGGCUCGGCAGAGAGUCCUGGAUUCCCCUUUCCCGUGAGGGACUUUCAUUUGAGCAGCUCCCAACCUUGCAGGUGUUUCUAAUAAAAGCUCUUUUCACAUCUGA